AUGUCCUUCUCAACUACCACCACCACCACCACCACCAGCACCCCCCCUUCACCACCAACCUCCCCUGCUCGUAAGCAAAAGCUUACACUAACCCUCAACCUCACAACUCAAGCAUCUAUCUCCACAUCCUACAUCUACGACUCACCCGACUCUGUCCGCUCCUGCUUUUCACCUUGCUCCUCCGACUCCGAGCCCGAGUCCGACGACGAGUCAGAAGCACCAGUUCUACCCCGCGGCCGCUCCCAGCGCUAUGCAUGGGCAUCCCAAGAACCCCCUAGCAUGCCACCAUCAGGCCCACCCCCAGCGGUCCCAAAGCGCUUCCCAUCUUUCUCUAGUGUCUCAUCCGGAUCAGUACGUCGCCCUUCGCGCCUCGGUAGUAUGGCAGAGUCCUUUGUCUUCUCCCCAGGCCCAAACACACCAGCUUUGGCACCAUACGGGAUGCCGAGUGCGCCGACCGCUCCCUCAACACCAUACUCACCAUGGAGCACAGCACCGAUGCAACCAAGAGUUGAUACAGCCUUGGUGGGCCUGGAUUCACGAUUGAUGACUGUUCUGGGAGGACAGGUACCAGAGGAGCUUGUUAUCGCAAGAAAGGAGAGGGAGGUGUUGGUAGUAAGGGUGCAGAAGGCAUAUUACAAGAGGGAGGAGGUCGGCGGUUUAAGAUGGGAGUUGACGAACGCGGAGAUGAGAGUGAAGGCUUUGGAAGAGAAGUGGUUGAUGGCAGUCUUGAGCGGAGUGGAGGCUAUAGUAGGGAACAUCAGGGCGGAGAUGGCACCACACGUACAGGAGCAGAGGGAAGAGGAUGAUGAGUGUGCAGUAGAGAGUGAAGAGGAGGACGAGAUCAUUGAGGUAUUCGAACAUACAGUGGUUGAGCCUGAGGCCGAGUCACUACAAGUCCCACCGCACGAAGAGCGAAGGUUCAUAUGGAUUCCUUCCACUUCCUCGUUCGACGACGACUCUGACUCUGAGUCCGACUCUGACUCUGAGUCCGACUCUGGAUCUGAGGCCGACUCUGAGGCCGGAUACGACUCCGAGGCCGAAUAUGAUAACUACGACUCUGACCAUCUCUCCGUUCCCGCACUUCUUCACAACCACUCUGCAUCUUCAUCGGAAGCGUCGUCGUCGCCCAUCAUUCCUGGCGGUAACGACUGGGCGCCAUUCAGUGCUCCCGACGGCAGCGAGGAGAAGAAGUCGGCCGGUAUGGUAGUCUUGAGAAUUGCCGGUGUCGAGAUGGAAAUGAUAUAG